AUGGCGGCAAAAGGCGAAGGUCCAGCUAUUGGAAUCGAUCUUGGAACAACUUACUCAUGUGUUGGUGUUUGGCAACACGGGCGCGUUGAAAUCAUAACCAAUGAUCAGGGCAACAGAAUAACACCGUCAUAUGUUGCUUUUACAAACACUAGGCGUUUAAUUGGUGAUGCCGCCAAGAACCAAGUUUCAACGAACCCCUUCAACACAGUUUUUGAUGCAAAGCGCUUGAUUGGAAGAAGAUUUAGUGAUGAAAAUGUCAAAAAUGACAUGAAAUUAUGGCCUUUUGAGGUUCGCGGAAUUGGGGACAAACCCAUGAUUAUGAUCAAUUAUAAGAAUGAAAAAAAGCAAUUUGCCGCUGAGGAGAUAUCUGCAAUGGUUCUCAAUAAGAUGCGUGAAAUAGCAGAGGCCUACAUCGGAUCAACGGUAAAGAAUGUCGUUAUCACUGUCCCAGCAUACUUUAAUGACUUACAACGUCAGGCUACAAAGGAUGCCGGUGUAAUUGCAGGAAUGAAUGUUAUUCGUAUUAUUAACGAGCCAACAGCUGCAGCCAUUGCCUACGGUCUGGAUAGAAAAGGCACUAAUACUGCUGGAAAAAACGUUCUUAUUUUUGAUCUUGGUGGUGGUACUUUUGAUGUUUCCCUUCUUAAAAUUGAAGAAGGUAUUUUUGAGGUGAAAGCUACAGCUGGUGAUACUCAUCUUGGGGGUGAAGAUUUUGAUAAUAGAAUGGUGAACUAUUUAGUACAAGAGUUUCGCAAGAAGCACGAAAAGGACAUUAGUAAUAACCCCAAAGCACUAAGAAGAUUGAGAACAUCUUGUGAGAGAGCAAAGAGAACUCUUUCUUCCACUACGCAAACCACCAUUGAGAUUGAUUCUUUAUUCGAAGGUAUUGACUUUCACUCGACUAUAACGAGAGCAAAAUUUGAAGAGAUCAACUUGGAUCUAUUUACCAAAUGUAUGGAGCCUGUGAAGCAAUGUUUGAGAGAUGCAAAAAUGGACAAGAGCAUUGUUCAUGAUGUUGUUCUUGUUGGUGGAUCUACAAGAAUUCCCAAGGUACAACAGCUAUUGCAAGACUUAUUUGAUGGCAAGGAGCUUUGCAAAAGUAUCAAUCCUGAUGAAGCAGUUGCAUAUGGUGCUUCUAUUCAAGCUGUAAUUUUGAACGGUGGAGAAAAUAUCGAGAAGGUUCAGGACUUGCUCUUGUUGGAUGUCACACCAUUUUCCCUUGGUGCAGAGCGAUUUAAUGGAGAGAUGAAUGUUGUCGUCUCAAGAAACACUACCAUCCCUACUAAGAAAGAAAAAGUUGUGACAAAUGUCGGAACGGGACAAGUAUGCAUGAAAUUUAAAGUGUACGAGGGUGAAAGCGCAGUAGCUAAAGAUAACAGAUUGUUGGGUACAUUUAAGCUGAAUGGCAUCCGUCCUGCUCCAAGGGAAACAUCUCAGAUCACCCUUUGCUUUGAGAUUGAUGCCGACGGUAUUAUGGUUGUCUCUGCCGAGGAAAAAUCAACCCGGAAUAGGAGCCAGAUUACACUCACCAAUAACCACAAAGGCAGGCUAUCACAGGAAGAAGUUGAGAAGAUGGUAAAGGAGGCAGAGAAGUACAAGUAAGAGGAUCGGGAGAAUAAGAAGAAAAUGGAGGCUAAGCUUGCAUUGAAAGAUUAUGCAUCCAACACGAUGGACACAGUUUCUAACAUCCCAAAUUUGAACGAAGUGGACGAGACAAAAAUUGUAGAUGCAGUUGAAACGGUUAUGCGAUGGCUUGAUGAAUGAGAACAAACUUGCUGAAUGUGAAAAUUGUGAGGAUGAGAUGAGAAAACUUGAAAACCUCUGCAAUUCCAUGUGGCCUAAGAUGAACUAGGGUGCUGGCCGUACUAGAAUUUGCUAAGAAGUAAGAAAGGAGCUGUUUAUUUUUCGCUCCAGUAGGUCUCAAUCAUUACUUAUCUAUUUAGUCUUGAAUAGUAUGU